AUGAAGCAGAGAACCUGCUUAGGACUCUCAGUGACCCAGAAUCAGUCUUGCCACGUGGUAAAUGCUGGGGCUCUCUGGAGCUCACACAGCAUCCUUUCUGGAUUCCCCCAAAGGACAACACUUCCGUCUUCAAGCAAAAGUGAUGGAGAUCCGCUGAAGGUGUACCCAAAGCUUCCAUCAAGCGCUGGUGAGGACCGCGCCACACUGCUGGGCAUGGCCAUGAUGGCCUCCUCCGUGCUGAUGUUCUUUCUGUUGGGGACUACCGUGUUGAAACCCUUCAUGCUCAGCUCUCACAGAGAAGAAUCAAACUGUACCGCUAUUGACACUCACAUUGCAGAUGAUUGGCUGGACUUUGCCUUUACCUGUGAGGGCAGCUGCCAGGACCAGGGUGGGUACCCAUGUCUGCAGGUGUUCGUCAACCUCAGCCACUCGGGACAGAAAGCACUUCUCCACUACGAUGAUGAGGCGGUCAGGACCAACCCCAAGUGCUUUUACACACCCAAGUGUCACCGAGACAGGAGUGACCUGCUCAACCGUGCCCUGGACAUCAAGGAAUUCUUCGAUCACAAAAAUGAAACUUUCCCCUGCUUCUACAGUCCCAGUGGCCAGCUGGGAGUUGUCCUGAGGAGGUCUGGCCACAAGGUUGUCUUUCACUGCUUAUUUUGGCCUUUACUGACUUUGCUGGGUGGGGCCCUGAUCGUUGGUUUGGUGAAGCUGACACAGCAUCUGUCCUUUCAGUGUGAACAGUACAGGACAGUGGUGAGAGCUCAGUCGGGGGGCAGAGCGCAUUCUGAGUGCUGGCGCAGGUCUACGCUGUCCAGUGUGGCAAAGAGUCAGGCAAGGAACAGAGCGCUGAAGAGGGCUGCCCCAGCUGGAGACCUGAUCACUGCCAGGCACAGGGGAGCAGACUUCUGAUCCCAGGACUUGGGAGGCUGAGGCAGGAGG